UUGUGCAAUGACAAUGUUUUUGAAUGUGUUUAUGUUUUAUUUUACCAGACAGGUGGCUCAGACAGGAGAUUUCAGUCAAAAUGACUGAACGCUACGACUGUACAGAGUGCAAGGAGUCCUUGUAUGGGCAAAAGUACAUCCUGAAGGAGGAAAACCCGUACUGCGUUAAGUGCUACGAGGCUCUUUUCUCCCACAACUGUGAGGUUUGCCAGUUGCUCAUCGGCUGCACCAGCAAGGAUCUGUCGUACAAGGACCGCCACUGGCACAGCGAAUGCUUCCUCUGCAUUAAGUGCAGCCGAUCUCUGGUGGAUUGGCCUUUUGCCACCAAGGAUGACAUGCCGAUGUGCAUCGAGUGCUACAGCAACGAGUUCUCAGCCAAGUGCCACGCAUGCCUGAAGACCAUCAUGCCAGGCUCUAAAAAGAUGGAGCAUAAGGGCAACAGUUGGCACGAGAAUUGUUUCAUCUGCAACCGCUGCCAGCAGCCCAUGGGCACCAGGAGCUUCGUGCAGAGGGACGCCAACAACUACUGCCUGCCCUGCUAUGAGAAGCAGUUUGCCCAGCAGUGCGUCCACUGCAAGAAGCCCAUCACCACUGGAGGAGUGAACUACCGUGACCAGCCUUGGCACAAGGAGUGCUUCGUUUGCAUCGGGUGCAAGCAGCAGCUGGCCGGCCAGCGGUUCACCUCUCGGGACGACUUCGCCUACUGCCUCAACUGCUUCUGCAACCUGUUUGCCAAGAAAUGUGCCUACUGCACCACCCCGAUCAGCGGCCUCGGGGGCAGCAAAUACAUCUCGUUUGAGCACCGCCAGUGGCACAACGACUGCUUCAACUGCAAAAGGUGCUGCGUGUCUCUGGUCGGCCGGGGUUUCCUGACAUGCAAAGAUGACAUCCUCUGCCCCGACUGCAGCAAAGACUUCUGAGUGAUCUCCAACCCGGCUGGCGCUCAGAGAGCACAGGCAGUGCUCUCCUAAGCAGAGCUUUGUUGCAUUGUUUCAUUUAUUGGUUUCUCACACAUUAACCUGGUCUCACUGCAGAGGUGUUUCAUGCAUGCAAUGAUACUGUGUUAAUAUAGUUGAAGCAUUAAUUACAAAAUGUAGUUAUUUGUGUUUUGCUUUGAAAAAAAAGAAUCCAGAAAAUCUCUAAUUUUGGAAUAAAACUCUGCAUGUGGCAUCAAAAUAACCGUAUUCAAUAGAGAUUUUACAGCUUAUUAAGAGCAUUUUAAAUCAUUUUAUUGGAUGGCAUUGUGUUCUUCAGCCAAAAUUAUGUGAGAAUUUGUUUUCUUUGCAAUUUGGUCCCCUCACAGCACCAUCCUCUUUACAAGUCAGCAAACCAUUGAAAUGAUUUUGAAGCUCUUAUUUUCAGGUACAAGAACUGCAUGAUUUUGCUUUAACAUAACUACAUAACUAAUACAAUACUACUAAUACUGUAUGUAUGUAUAUAUAUGAUCUAUCUAUCAAUCUACA